AUGCCACGCCUGUCGGGUCUCCGCGGUAGAUACAUCCCGGAGUGCCGACGAAGUCUCAAGGCCCUAGCCCGAGGUGCAAAGAUGCAGAGCUCAGAUCUAGGGGUAUGGGGUCCAGUUUGUUCAUCUUGGAUAACACAAGAGGAACAAGAACCUAUAGACAGACAAUUAUCUCGGCUGGGUUUGAAAGGUCACAUCUGGAAUGGUAGUUCACAUGAAGAUGAUAAGUCAGCGAUGGGGUUCUCGAAUAGUGUAGAUCAGAUAGUGAAGGCUGUCAAGGUUCACACAUACGAUUUAAACAUCAACGCCGGUAGGGGUUUGGCAGAGGAGGUCGACGAUCCCGGCGACGGGGAUGGUGCAGCAGCGGGCGCGCUGGCCGCCGGCGGCGCACACGGACUGGAAUUGUGUGGCGUCGGUCAGGACCUCGGAUGGGUUCUGGCAGUCGAGGUCGGCCAGACCGGCGACGUCAGUAGCGCAGCACUGGGCGUUGCUGUACAGACCCGAGCAGGCAGUGUAGGUCUGACGCUCCAUCAUGGAGGGGGCAGCGAGGGCACUGGUGAAGAGAGCGGCGAGGGUGAAGAACUGCAUUUUGAGAUAUGUAUUUGA